CCAUGCAGUCAGCAGGCAUAAAAGGUUGGAGACGUCUGAGAAGAGGAGCAGAAACUCAAAAGCAACAAACAUGAAGAAGAUUGUUAUUCUGAUGAUAGCAUUUGGCAUCUGCCUUUCUGAUCCUGGACCUGAUGAGAAAAAAGACAAAGCCUGUCAGGUUGCAGACUCGGUUGGCAGCUGUAACAUCUGCUCUCUCACAUCUGUAACUCAAAAAGUGGGAGAACUGGGGGAGAAGGUUGUAAACAUGGCAGAAAAAAUUACUUUUCUGGAGACCAGGCUGCAAAACACCGAAAAAGAACUUCUGGAGUUACGGAGCCUCACUGGAGGCUCUCCUCAGGUGGCUUUUUCAGCAGCUCUCAGGGAUUCUGGUUCUGGAGACAUAGGACCUUUUACCACUGCUACCCCAUUGCAGUACAAAAAGGUUUUCUCCAACACAGGCAAUAGCUAUAAUCCAUCGACAGGUGUUUUUACAGCGAUGGUCAGUGGUAUGUACUUUUUUCGCUUCUCAAUGUUCAACAACCUGGCUUCUACCCCCAACUCGCUUGUGAGCCUCAUGAAGAACAGCGAACGGCUGACGUCUGUGUGGGACACCAAUGGGUCUGACAGCAAUGACAUGGGCAGCAACGCUGUGGUCAUCCCUCUGAAAGUGGGAGACAACGUGUUCGUGCAGCUGCAUCCAAAUAGGCUGGUCUACGACGACACCAUGAACUACAACACUUUCAGCGGCUUCCUGCUUUUUACAAUGUGAUGCAUACAACAGCUCUGCAUGCCAGCAUGAUUUAUUAUUUCACAAUAAAGGAAGUUUCUUUUUUCAAUUUGCAAAUUAGCAUAAUUUGUGUAGAAAAUGCUUGAUGAAAUAAAUAAAUCAGAAAUACUGCA